AAAGUGUUGGCCAAAGACGACAACGACAGACAUUUACACAAAGGACUGAGUGAUAGAUCAGUUGAGAAUUGUGUUUCACGACAAGAGUCUCUCUUUCCGACAAACUGUAUAAACCACUGUACAUUUAUGUUUAAAGUGAACAUAUUUUCUUCGUUUUCCAUCAAAAUCGCCAGUUUUUUCGCCACAUUGCGAUUCCCCGCAGACAAUACACACGGAAAGCCUAUUCAAUACACACUUUUACAAACACUUUCUCAUCAG